AUGACCUCGCCUAAUCAAACGCCCAGAGGCUAUGAAUCGCGCCAUGUUUCUAGAAUUAUUGUCGAACCAACCCCCGAGAACCAGAGGAUCUAUAAUGAUAUUCGGCAGACGCUUGAACGUUUGCGCUUGCAAACUCAUGUUGCCUCGCAGCAGAGCUUGCUCCCUCCCCAAGCAGCUCCGUCUAUUGGUAGUACUAUUCAUUCGCCAACAGACGAGCCCAGCACGCCUUCCACCCAAGAUGUAACGACGCACGAUGCAGAUCGAUCCAGACGUCAGCGAGGUAGGAGGAGAGGACCGCUAGAUUCACGUACUAGGUUGAAUACUGCACUUAAACGCAAGCUCAAGCUUGCUUGCCCGCAUCACCGGGCUAAGAAAACAACAUGUGAUUGCCAUGAUUUCUGUCGUCUAGAAGAAGGCUAUCAAAGCACCCUGCUCUCGCAAUCUUCCAGUCAUGGCAGGCCGCAUGGCCGAAACGAGUUUAUGUCGCUCACGCCGAUAGAACGAACUUGGAAUACGUUUGGUGCUGGCGGGGCUGCGAUGGCCUCAUCAGAGCAAGACCCUAUGUCAACCGACUUUAUUGACUUGCAAUCCUCAAUUGGAGAUCACGAGGCCGUCCGCUCAGAUGUACAACAAAUCGUGAGGGGAUUCGAUGCCGACUCGGUUCAUCUAGACAGCGCGAUGCUCCAAGCCCCAGGACAAACAUACCACCCAGGUAAUGAUAUGGGUACACAAUCUCCGGAUGGGCAUCUACAAUUCGAAUUUCUCGAGAUUGGCAGCCAGAUGGAGAUAUACCCAAAUCGCUGGCAAUGCGAGUUUAGGGGUUCGAUAGAUACUGCGUCGGAGACUUCCUCGGAAACUUGUCACUGGACAGGACCGUUCCGGGAGCUGUCCAACCAUUUUCGAACAAAACAUCACCCCUUUCAUGAUGUCAACCCACGUUUCUGGCUCAGUCCCCUCUAUCCCCAUUCCGAUGCACCAGGGAGAGCUGUUCAGGUUCUUCUUGCCAGAGAUGGUAUUAUGGCUCCACGAGAGAUGAAUCGGUCGCAGGGUCGGCGGUAG